AUGAAUCAUCAACACCACCAUGAUGAACCAAUCACCUCAACUGUUUCAGAACUCAAUCAAGGCAGACAUCAUUCAUCCAUCUCUCCUUCCUUCCAUAACAACAAUGCAAAUUCGCAUCAUGAUGAAACCAACUCUCCUAACAUGAAUUUGGCUGCUUCUUUAUCGGUAGCAUCCUCGGGAUCUCCUCUACUCAUGUCCUCUUCAUCUGCACCUGAAGGAUCCUCCUCCCCCAACAACAACAACAAACAUCAAAUAAGGAGCACCUUCAUGAAAAGCCUUUUCAGAAAACUUCUCGGAAUUUUCUGCAUUGUAUCUGUUGUGAUUUUGUGGGUUCUCGGAGGAGUAGUCAUUCAAUUCAUUUACGGAAAUAUGAAUUAUGAUAAGCCUUUCUUUGUUACAUAUGUGAGCACGAACUUAUUUUCCAUCUACUUGUUGGGAUUUGUAUUUAUUGGAUCAUGGAGGAGGCCUUUGGUGAGAGGAUUGAAAUGGCUAUUGAAAGGAUUUAUACUUUUGGUGUUGCCUUCAACAGUUUUGAACUAUUUAGGAAUUGUGAAAUAUUCGAGAGAGGAUCGAGAAGAUGGCUCAAGUAGUAGAAUAGUCAUGAGAAGGGUGAAUGGAUAUCAAAAGGUGGAACCUAGCAGUACGAGUUUAGAUUCAAAGGAGUCACUCAGUGCAACAUCUCUCGGAAUAAUUAAUUAUGAAAAUGAAAACAACAAUACAAGAUCAGAAGAGGAAAAUGUUGAAGAAAACGUUACUCGAGAGGAUGCUCUGAAACAAGAGAGCUCACAACUUGAGAGGAACGCUCAACUUCAGAAAUAUCAUGACGUGAACGUUGGAAAAACAUUCAGAUUGGCUGUAGUAGUGACAUUCUUUUGGUUCUUUUCAAACACAGCAUAUAAUUAUGCUCUCUCCUAUACAAGUGUUGCGAGUGAUACUAUCAUAUCUAAUACAUCAUGUCUAUUCACAUUUAUCUUUGGAUUAUUAAUUGGAGUUGAAAAGAAUUUUAGUAUCAUUCGAUUUUUUGCAAUUCUUGUCACACUUUCAGGAGUUGUUCUUGUGACCUUUUCCGAUGCAAGUCAUAAUGGAUCUGGAGCGAAAAAAGAUACUGUUCUUGGAAAUAUGCUAAGCUUACUUGCAGCCGUAGGAUAUGGAGUUUAUAGCUCACUUUUGAAAAAAUAUGAAGAAGGAGUUUCUAUGGCAAUGAUGUUCGGUUUUGUUGGAAUUUUGAAUUUAAUUUUUAAUUGGCCAAUUUUAUUUAUUUUGUGGGGAACGUCUGUUGAAAUUUUUCAAGCACCUUCAUGGAAAGUCUUCAUAGCAAUGGUUUUGAAUAGUUUAAUAUCGGCCGUGUUUAGCGACUUGCUGUGGGCAUUGGCUGUUGUUUUGACUUCACCUGUAGUUGCAACUGUCGGUCUCACUCUCACAAUUCCAUUUGCAAUCAUUUGUGACAUGAUUUUCAAGAGCGAUUUUUCUGCCUUCAAUAUUAUGUAUGCAAUGGGCACAAUAUGCGUGUUGAUCGGAUUUAUUUCAGUGAAUAUUUCGUAUUACCUACCGAAACGUAUUGCCAAGUUUGAUCAGCCUUAUUUCUGUAGCGUUCCGUUUCUGAUCGAGAAGUUUAAAAAUUGGGGUAAGAAUUAA